GUUCAGGCCGGUUCAGACGCAUCGAUAUUGGCAUUGGCUCAUUUUUGUGUUUCUGUGCUUCCCUGUUUCGUAUUUCGUCUGGUUCUCUGUUCCCCACUCGAUUGUGUCCAUCCAUCGUGAACUGCUUUACAUGAGUGGCUUUCAACUCUUCAGCAUCCCGAAUGAGAGACAGCUUGCAUACCUGACUGAACCUUGCAUAGCAGGGUGCAUACACCGCGGUAACGUGCGAGUCUGAAAACGUGCCUGUGCGCGCAUUCACGAGCCGUAUGGGCUACGGCUACAUGUCCCUUCCGUGCAAAUAACUUUCAUAUAGAAGAACAGCGGUUUCGUUCUGCUUUCACAAUGUCAGAUGCCGGGAAUAACAUUGCCGAUUAUGUUGUGCCCCAGCGCGAAGUCCGAACGCCAAUGGAUAUGGCCAAGUGGACCAAGUCGGUGGCAUACAACGAAUAUUUGGGGUUUGUUCUGGCCAUGAAUGAGCACGUCAAAGGCACUACUCUCGUGGACGACUGUUUCUUAUCAGAUGUUAUGACAGCUCUCAUAUCUAUGCUGAAUAUACUGGACAAUUGGGUCAUAGAAAUUCCACCCGUAGACCAACCGCAGAGGUUUGGAAACUCCUCAUUCCGGACAUGGCUCCGUAGGACAAAUGAGAAUGCAGAGCAACUUCUGCGUGAUGCAUUACCACAGGAAUUCCAUGCAGCAAUAGCUGAAAUUGCCCCAUAUUUAAAAGACAGUUUCGGUAAUAUGACUAGGAUUGACUACGGCACAGGGCAUGAAAUGAGCUUUGCCAUGUUCCUUUGCUGCUUGUUCAAGAUUGGUGCUCUGAAGGAAGAAGAUUCUGCAGCUGCCAUAUUGAAAUGUUUUAAUAGCUACAUGUCACUUGUUCGACACUUGCAACUGGAGUACCGCAUGGAACCUGCUGGAAGCCACGGUGUCUGGAGUUUGGAUGACUACCAGUUCCUGCCAUUUAUAUGGGGCAGUGCACAACUGAUUGACCACCCAAGAAUUGAACCCAAGGCGUUCACAUCUGAGGGCUUUGCAGAGUCCUAUGCCAGGGAAUACAUGUUCAUGGGCUGUAUAGAGUUCAUUAACAAGGUAAAAACUGGUCCGUUCCACGAGCACUCGAACCAGCUGUGGAACAUCAGUGGUGUACAGUCGUGGAGCAAAGUGAAUGCUGGCUUAAUCAAGAUGUACAAGGCUGAGGUACUUGGAAAGUUUCCUGUAGUACAGCAUAUCGUGUUUGGAUCACUGCUGUCUUUCAAGGAGCAGCCAAAGGAGACAAAAUAGUAACGAGGGAGUUGCAGAAGCCGAACAUGAACAGAGGAACUGCCAAAAUUUCCGAGAAACGUGUUAAAAAAAUUUAUGAAUGUGUUUUCUGUCAAACAAAUCUUAUUUACGUCACUUGAUUCUGGCAUUUCGAUGUGCACAGUUAGUGCGGGAGAAGGCUGCAUAGCAAUGCGUAACACUGAAAUAAAUGUAAUUUAUUUGACCA